UCAACCGGUAGUGCCAACGAAACCAAUAAUGACACUAAAUAUAACAUUAUAGACAAUAGUGAAGACAUUGCUGUAAAUGCCACCAAAACCAUAGAAGAGCUAUACGAAGAACAACAGCAAAAAGUAGCAAAUAAUACGGAUGUCUUACAGACAACUAAUCUUACCAACAGAGAGGGCACGUAUGAUAAUCAACGAGUAGACACAUUGACCACAAUAAUCCCUGCGAUGCCCGGAAUACCCAUAUUUCGGUCGCCGCCCGAGUUUAAGAUCCACGACCCGGACGAGGGGCCACUCGAGCCAUACUUUCAUCCGGGAAAUACCACGGAUGAAAAUCACUGGUAUAUGCCGUCCACCGACACUCCCGGACAAAAGUAUGUGUACGUUAAACGACCAGAUUUUGAGGCCGAAAAGGGCUCUCUUGAGGAGACUUACAAACAUCUGUUGGUCGGCGCCAAUGAUGAUGACGGCGAAGACGUACCCCUUCCUCCAGAUUUUGAUGACACACAACAAAAUUAUACAAAUAAUGGAAACGACACCACUUAUGACACGUCUUCUAACGUUACCGAAGAUGUGCUCAAAGAUAUAACUACUGUUCGACCAAACAUUUUACCAAAGCCUCUCCCUUUGCCCGCACCCCCUAUAAUGCCACCUCUGCUCCCACGCCCUCAUCUAACCCAACCCCUGCCUUAUCAUAACUAUUAUAUGCCUCAAAAUGCUUAUUACAACCGAUAUUCUUAUGGGUAUUUGCCAUAUCGUGUCCCAUACUAUCAAUAUAUGCGGCGUUUUAAUCCACUUCAAUAUUACGGGCGAAACUACGGCUAUAAUGGCAAUCAAUGGCCACCGAUUGUGACAUUUCCCACAACUACCGAAACGAUCGCCACAACAGAUGUAUAUAAAAUGUUACCAAAGAGUUACGAAGAGUUUGGCGCAAAGAUAGCGCGGGUGACCGUCGAGGAAGACCAACAGUCGGACCCAUUGUCAGCCGCCGAUGAGGACACGUUGGAGGCAAUGGGGCCGUUAGAGUUGGGCACUACUACUGAACAAUCAGCUAAAGAGAUUCAAUUCAUUAUCAAUUCAAGACUUCAUCCCAAACCUAAUAAUAAAACUCGUGAUUCAGUAAACAGUAAACCCAUUGAUAAAGAGUCACAAAUUGGAUCAAAACAGAAAUUUAGGCCAAAUAUAAUGAACUCAUAUUUAAAGCCUAACACUCAAUACAAGACUAAUCAGUAUUUGCCACACAAUUAUGAUUUUAUGGAUGAAAACGAUGACCACAUUGUAUUGGCUGAAGACAGACAAUUCGCUCCGAAACCGAUGAAGAAGAGGAAGAAGAUAAGGAUUAGUUUGGCGAAUAAGAAGAUCCCACGGAUUCGUGAUAAUAGGCGCCGAAUAUACAUAAAGAGUUCAGGAAAAACCGGAGCAAAAGUUGGCGAUCGAAGACUAAUCCGUGGAAAACACUAUAAAAUAAGACGAAUAAUUCGUAAAAAAAUUAAUCAAACAAACCGUGCCUUAAGUCAUGGAUCCAUUGGACACGCGGUGACCAAAAUACCCACAAAACACAAUAAUAUCGAUUGGCGAUCAGAUGGUAAUAAGCCGGACAUCACCACAAAGAGACCAAAGUUUCUGUUUCGGGCAUCUAUUAAAGAUGAAUCGCUACGAGUGGACUCUCGGGGUGUGAAGUGGUGGUCACUGGAACAGCCAUCCUAUUGCUCUCAAGACAUUUAUGUGACCAAAGGCUGCGCGAAGACUGAGCCCAACAAACGCUGGUCUUAUAACCCGACGGACAAGAAGUGUUACGCCUAUGAAGACUAUUGCUAUGAUUUGAAACCAAAUUCAUUUAAAUCAUCGAAAGAUUGUUUCAGAAAGUGUUACAGAAUUGACAAAAUU